AUGGACGGCCCACAGGCGCAGAAACCCCUCCGCAUCCUGUGCUUCGGCGACUCGCUGACGGCGGGCUACUCGGCCUACGGCAGCAUGUACCACCCUUACAGCGAGCAGCUGACCGAGCGCCUCAAGGCCGCCGGGUACGGUGGCGGGGUCGUCGAGGAGACGACGGAUGGCGUCCCAGGCGAUCUGACGGGCAUGUUCAUGUCGCGCAUCCUCAGCCACUUCGGUCGAGACAAGGGCAGGCAGCCCUAUGACUGGACCAUUGUCCUCGGCGGCACCAACGACCUAGCAUAUUCCUUCCCGCCCGAACAGAUCUUCCAGAACCUCGAAAAGACAUGGAACGUCGCCUUGUUGAACCGCAGCAAAGUGCUCGCCCUGACCGUGCCCGAAGCCGCCGCCAAGAGCGAGCAGCUCAACAAGCGCCGCCAGCGGCUCAACGAGCUGAUCAACAGCUACAACCGGGAGAACUUCUACGUCUUUGACUUUCACGCCGCACUGCCCUACCACUCCCUCUCAGCCGAGGACAGGGAGAAGUACUGGGACGAUCACGUCCACCUAACCGCCGACGGAUACGACUUCAUGGGGGAAAAGAUCGCCGAGGCCCUCAAGGGCAUAAUGGGAGACACGGGAAGUAGCGUCGUGCCUGCCACCAACGGCGCGACGACCGAUUCCUCGCCUAAGCGGCCGACGAGGAGGCGACGGGUCUUUAAGGACGACGACAAUAAUUUUGUCGAGGAGACCGGCGACCCGACCCUCAUAGACCAGGGAUACAUCGUGGUGAGGCGAAAGGACUUGGACUAG